ACGUCUAUCGCAAGAGUCAAGAGAGUCUUGUUGGAGAUCGCUAACAGGCUCGAGAUCAACGUUGAAGGCAUCGACAUGGAGGAGGAUUUGAACACCAAGUCCUGGAACGGGUCCAAGCUAUGCAUCCUCCUCGGCUCCACGGAGGAUGCUCGACGCAUGAUGAAGGAGCUGCCCUUCUAUCUCGAAGGCGCAGCCACCAAGCUCGAAGCAGUCGGCUUCGACAAGGAGCCUGACUCUGAGGCGGCUGGUCAGCGGGGCACCAGCGACGCAGCGCAGCGACAGGAGGAGAGCGAGGGAGAGUGGCUGGAGUUUACAGACCUGGAGAGGAUCACAAUGGAGGCAGCAUCUCCGUCAAGCCAAGAGGACAUGCAGCUCGUCAGCGAGCUGUCAGCAGUCAUCGAAGAUGCAGCUUCUUUGAACGAGGCAGGGACGAGCGAGCCGAUCAAGCUGGUCCUGGACAAGGCCGUUGGCAACCUCCACGACACGUUCUACUCUCCGGGGAGCCUGGAGUUCAUGUCGCUGGGAGAGUGGGCGAAGAUGCCAGAGGAGCAGGGAGUUGGGCGCAACGUUCUCAAGGAGAAGCUGGGGAAGUGGCUGCAGAGCAAGCGCUGGACUCGCGUGCAAGGAGAGAGCAAGAAGGCAAGGAGGGGCAGCGCGUUCUCGCCACGGGCAACGGCAGCUGCUGAGCUUGAGCAGGAGGCGGAGAGCGACGACAUAGAGCGUCGAUCUCUUAGCCUCCUGUUCAUAGCACUGAGUAAAUUCGCAGAGAUGCAUGUGCUGGCCUGCUCGCUGAAGGUGGACAAGAAGGACCGACUGCGAGUGGAGAUGAGGGAAGAUGACGAAGAAGAGGAAGACAUGGAGGAAGAGCAAGGCGAGGGCGAGGAAGAAGACGGGGCGAGCCCGUACCGAGCUUGAGCUGAGCUCAAGGUAAGGACCGGAGAGAAGGUAGGAGGCGACCGAAGGCCAAGGUGAGGAGAGGCAACUCUCCUGACUGAAGCUGAGGAAGCUGAAUGGAGGACGAGUAGGUGGCGACCGAAGGCCAAGGUGAGGAGAGGCAACUCUCCUGACUGAGGCUGAGGAAGCUGAAUGGAGGUAGAGUAGGUGGCGACCGAAGGCCAAGGUGAGGAGAGGCAACUCUCCUGACUGAGGCUGAGGAAGCCAAGAGAAGACAGCAGAAGUAGAGAGUAGAAAGACGCCUCAGAAGCAGGGUUCGCAUUGUAGGCCGUGUACUCCCAGUGCUCGAGCGCCUCUUUAGACUAGGAUCAAAUUGCAAAAGCCCACAACGAGGCCGAGCAACAUUCUAGCAUUCUAAUAAACUCACAUAAUAAUGUUUAGGGUUUAGGGUUUAGGGUUUAGCUGCAAUUCAGGCAGCGCCGGUUAUUUCAGGCAGCGCCGGUUAUUUCAGGCAGCGCCGGUUAUUUCAGGCAGCGCGGAAGCUGCCAGGGCGCCAAGGAAGCUGCAAGCGAGAGGUUUGUAUACUUCAAAUAGCUUUCUA